AUCGAUAGAAAGACGAGCAAUUGAAGAGAUUGAGCAACUUCACCAUCGUCACCAGCAUCAACUAGAGUCCGCAGUGCCCGUCGUUGCUGGGCAGCUUCCAUCAUCGCUUCCUGACCUGCGCUUCCUCACCAACCCACACCAACUACUUAUAUUCCUCACUCGCCCGCCUCUCAUCCUCACUCACUCUUCCCGCCCGACCCUCCCCUCUCCUCUCCUCUCCUCUCCUCUCCACCCCCAGCUUAUGGCUCCGGAUCCCGCAAUCGUUCCUCUGCGCGACUCGCCCUACGCGUUCGAGCACUCGGCGGAGGAGACCGAGCGCCUCGCGUUCCAGCACGCCGUCGUCUCGCAAAUCAUCGGCGGCCGCUUCCUGCCCGCGAUAGACAACUUCGCCGUCAACGCCGAGUUCCGGAUCCUUGACUGCGGCUCCGGCUCGGGCUCGUGGGCGAACGAUCUCGCGUUCGCGCUGCCGCGGUCGACGGUUAUCGGCUUCGACAUGCACUCGAUCGACAUCGAGUUCGCGGCGCCGAACGUGCGCUUCGAAAUCAUCGACGCAAACAAGUAUCCGUUCCCGCUCGACGACAGCUCGUUCGACAUCAUCCACUCCCGCAGCUUCUCGUUCGGCAUCACAGACUGGCCGCGGUACAUUGCCGAGCUGCGCCGGCUCCUCAAACCAGACGGCACGAUCCACUUCAUCGAGUCUGUCUUCCCCGAGCUGGUCGAGGCGCACUCGCCGCAUCUGUGCGAGAUCUACAAGCUCCUGCGCGAGCAAUACAACAUCAAUUACUACAUCGGCCACACGCUCGAAAACCUCAUGCCGGACGCGGGGCUGACGGCAAUCAUAGUGAAGUCCUUCACCUUCACCUACGGCCCCUACGGCAGCACCGACAACGAGCGUCGCAUAGGCGAGCUCAUGCGCAGCCUGACGUACGACGGCGCGCGCACUAUCGUCCGUGCCUACGUCGCAUUCAAGGGGCUGUCGGAGGAAGAAGCAAAGCCGUACUACGACGACGCGGUCAAGUUGUUCGAAGUGUCGAAAAAGGUUCCGGGAUAUAUAAAGUAUGUCGUGGCCGCAAUCACUUGCUAGUUGAUAGUCUCAAGUGUUUUGAUAGUCUCUAGUUUUCGAUCGAUUGUCUUGCUUUCUUGUUUGCUGUUCUUUCUGGGUCUGGUCGUUCAGGUGUUUGACUGUGGGAUUUCUUUCUUUAUUGUGUAUAUAUAGUGUACCAUACUACUAUAUCAGAAAUUACUCAUUAAAUUCUGUUUAUAUCAUCAUUGUAGUCCAUAAUAAUCAAUCAGAUGUUGAUUGCAGUUGUUGCAGUUGUAGCAGGUAUUCUCUUAUAAAGCAGAUCAAACUCCCAACCGCCG